AUCUAUUUUUUUUCAUUUCAGGUUUCUUUUGAAGAGUAAGCACUGAGAGAGGUCUCGCCAUGUCUCGUUCCGUCGGCGAGACGGACCUUUACGAGCCGCUCGGGUUGAUGGAGCCCCCUAAGAUGGAGGCAGAAAUGGACCGGCGUGUCAGCAACACCAGUCUCUCUUCGGAAAGUGCUUACAGCAGUAAUGGGAACGGACCUCCCAUCCCCACACAUCACAACCGCAAGGACUCUGUCCGUUCGUACAAACUGCGAAGGAAACUCAAACGCAGGAAACUCAUGCAGAGAUUAGUGGGGAAGGAUGGGGUGUGCAAUGUGGUUCACACUCGAGUCGCAAGAUUACGAUUUCUUGAGGACAUGUUCACAACCUUGGUGGAUUUAAGAUGGAGAUGGAACCUGAUGGUCUUCACCUUCGCGUAUGUCAUUGGAUGGUUCAUGUUUGGACUUGUGUGGUUUGUCAUCGCUGCAGCACAUGGUGAUCUGAAUGCCUCAAAUCGCAACCUAACAGACUGGGAACCAUGUGUGUAUAACAUGGAAACUUUUACAGGUGCUUUUCUCUUUUCAUUGGAAACUCAGACAACAAUCGGGUAUGGUUUUAGGAGUGUGACUGAAGAAUGCCCAGUUGCAGUCUUGCUAGUUGUAGUGCAGUCUGUCAUCAGUUGUCUCAUAGAUGCUGUAUUCAUCGGUUGCAUCUUUGCCAAAAUUGCUCGUCCAAAGAAACGGGCCGCCACUCUAAAGUUCAGUCGGAAAGCUGUUAUCGCACAAAGGGAUGGUAAACUAUGCUUCAUGUUCAGGGUAGGAGACAUUCGCAACAGCCAUUUGUUUGAGGCUCACUUGAGAGUCUACAUGAUCAGACCAAAAGUCACACAAGAGGGUGAGAUUAUACCUUUGUUUCAUCACAACAUGGAUCUUGGCUAUGACAGUGGGGAAGACCGUAUUUUCUUGGUAUGGCCAAUAAUUGUAUCACACACAAUAGACAAAGACAGUCCACUCUAUGAGUACUCCUGCAACACGAUAGACACCGCUGACUUUGAAAUUGUGGUAAUCCUUGAAGGCAUCGUCGAACAAACAGGAUUGACCACUCAAGCUCGUACAUCCUACAUGCCUGGAGAAAUCCAGUGGGGCUAUCGCUUCUGCAGCUCAGUUCUAUGUCUGCACAGUGAGUUUGAUAAACAAUAUGACAUUGACUACUCUAAGUUUGAGGAGACCUACGCUGUCCCUGGUCAUCCGAGGAAGAGUGCCAAAGAUCUUGAAGAAAUUGAGCAAAAGGAAGAGGAAACGACAGAAAGUCAGCUAGCUAAGCUAAAAGACCUCAUCACCAGUGUAAUUGAGGAGCAGAAGCUGCAGAGAUGGAAUCCUAGGAUGACAGAAGAAAUUUUCUCACGUCGCUUCAAGCAGUUUGCUGGUGGGGACUGCAACGGAAGGAGCCUGAGCACUGAACAUCUAACUCUAAAGUGGAAAGCCCCAGACGUCAGUAGACUCGUUUCUAUCGAGUCUCAGGGUUCUCAUGAGGGUUCGCACGAAAUGCAUCCCCUGCGAUGUUGUGACUCCCAGACCACGGAGGAACUGUCACUGACCAGUCAACCAAGUCCUCUACCUGAAGAAGCCCUCAAGGAGAUGCCAGAUGAAAUAAAAAGGAAAGAGUCAAAUGUGUAGCAGUACUACUGAAAAAAAUAGUAAGACCCCUGUACGAUAUUGCAGUGCAGAAUAUACAAAAGUGUGUCCAGAGAUUUAUAUUUGUAUAUAAACAAAUACCAAUAAACUUUGUACAAGACAAGUUGCUUUCAUUAUGACAGUGCGUUAGUGAUCUAUUCUGUGAAAGGAAAAUUUUAUCAUUCGAUGCAAAAGAACAUUGUAUUUUAUUUGUGUAUAUAGACACUCAAAGCAUAAAUGAUGAUGAUCUAUGUGUACAUGAAGCUACAUUGUAUUUCAGUUUGAAAGAUUUAUGCAAUUGCUAGGUUUGAAACUUCAUAGUUUUCUGUUCUUAAAUGCUGUUUGUAAUAUUUUGGAAUUGUGCUGUGUUUUUUGUCGUCUUCAGUUCGUUCAAAACUGUCUUCCAUGGGAAUAGAGAUUGACUACCUAGUUUACCUGAUGUGCAAACAAGACAGUUUCAUGGUAGCUAGAGAUUUUUUGAAAAUCACAGUGUUCUGAUAAGGAAGGUUGACAUCCCAUAACGGCGUAACACGGCUCAGAUUUCCAACUGGCUGCCGUCCAAAGAUAUUCCUCAAAUCUGUGUCAUGCAGUCGUCUCGUAAAAGUGAGCGCAAAUGAGAGUCGGUCUCAUUUGCAGCUCGCUAUUUAUAUUUUUAUAAUGAGGAAUCUUGGUGAGAAAGCCUUAUCCAGAUAGAUGGUCGUGGUAAUUAGGAGUGACGGCUUUAGAUUGCAAUACGGUUCAGAGAGGCUUGGGGGUUAGGGGUAGACCAUUAGACAUUACCAAAUUAAGAAUGAGGGAUCAUGGCAGAAGUGUGAAGAUGUUUUUCUGUAUCACCAUUCCAUUAUUGAUAAUCCUACCCUUUUGGUCCAUAUUUUGGUAUACACUAUUUACAUUUCUAGUUUGUGUACGAGGAAUGACCCAAAUAAACAAAAGUGGUCUACACUGUAGUUCUGCUGAGUCACACUCAAUGUACAUUUUAAAUGGUAAGUUUUAUCUUUUAUAUAAACAGCAUUUAACUUCAGCUUUAUCACCCUGGUACCAAUAUUUUUUUCCUGAAUUUCCAAUUAUAAAGUUUUAUAGGUACAUCAAAUUUUAAGGAAAUCUUUAUUUAAGUCAAUAAUAGAAUGGGCCUGAAGCAAUAAUAUUUGUUGAGAUAUUUUUAUUUUUCUCAUGCACUGAACCACGGACCUACUGGUUUUACAUUUAUUCAUGGAGCAAUGCGACUAUCUGUAUACAUGUUACAUGCUCAUGAUUGUUUUAAACCCCCUCCAAACUAAGUUUGAAGGAUUGUUCUUGGGGUAAAGAUGUGCAAGACACAUUUUUGUACAUGUUGAAAAUUGUGUUGCCAUGGUAACAGGAAUAAAAUGCCCAAAAUUAGGUGCAAAUCUUGCGCAUCGAACUACUUUCUCAAUUUUUAACCAAUGCUCUUGAAAUUUGGACCACACAUUGGUCUUGAGGUAAAGAUGUGCAAGACAAGUAUUUUGUGUGUUGGAAAACGUGUUGCCAUGGUAACAACAUAAUAUAUGCCCCAAAUUGGGUAAAAAAGUUUUUUUACCCAAUUUGGUUCAAACUACUUGAUCAGUUUUCAACCAAUUCUCAUGAACUUUGGCUCACACAUUGGUCUUGAGGGAAAGAUGUUCAGGACAUAUUUUUGCAUGUGUCGGAGAUUGUGUUGCCAUGGUAACAAAUAUGUUAUAUGUCAAAAAUUAGGCAAAAUUUGUGAAGUUCAAACUGCUUCAUCAAUUUUUAACCAAUUUUCAUGAUAUUUUGCUUUAUACACAGGUCUUUGGGUAAAGAUGGGCUAGACAUAUUUUUUUCCAUAUGUUGUUGCAAACUGUUGCCAUGGUAACGGCGUAGGGCAGGGGUAUUAAUCACCUUCAGUGAUAGUUCUAGUUCAUCUUAUGUACACUUUGUAAUUUAAAUCCUCAAAUAUGUCAUAUACACAAAAUAAAAGAAAACUGUUUACCUGUGAAAUGUGUGUACAAGAAAAAUAAACAUCUUGGAUAUUUUCUAUUCAUCAUGCUCAUUGUUAACUUUAGUGCUGGUCGAUAUUUGAUUUCAAUGUUAGUCAAUUACAUGUAUCGCCAACUAAAUGUCGCUGAGAACGCAAUAAAUCGCUGAUUCAGAAUAUUCAUAACGUUCAUUAUAAGCUACAUGUACAAUCCGUGAGCGCAAGGAAUGGGGGAAAUGAAAGAAAGGCUUUCAUCAUUAGUUUAUGUACCAACUUACAUGUAAGUAGGUUUGAAGCAAUCAUAAUCGACAAUAUUUUGGCCUUGUAUCAUGUUACCCCGAUACAUGUAUAUCAACACAUUAUCGAAUGUUCAAUAUUUUUUCAUUUCAAUAUCGCAUGAUUUUGAUAUCAAAAUAUCGCUCAGCACUAGACUAGUUAAUUAUGUGAUCAGUACUCUCGUAAAUGAUAUUGUGUAAUUGUAUUGCAGGCUGUGUUGUUGAAAUAAUUUGCUUGAAUUCAAUUACAUAUACAUGUAAACUACAUGUUUAUUGUAAGUAUUCUUCCAGGUGGUGCCUUGUAACUUAAUUUCAAGUUUCAACUGUACAUCGAUCACCUAUUGUCUCAUUAUUUAUUUUCUAUCGUUGGUAUUCAAAUUUUGCAUGAAUUGCUUUUUAUUUUUGUUUUAACUUUCAUCUGUUUUCAGUUAUAAAAUAAAAAAUGAUCCUUAUCAACAUGCAUAUACAUCAUUCAAGAUCAUGUGUAUUUUUACUAAAGUCUGCAUAACUUGAACUGAUAAAAUAGUUACCUUUUUCAUGUAAAUGACAUGACACAAUGGUCCUUCUGUUCUACAUUUAUCUACGACGCCUAGUGUUUAAAUAAUGCAGGUUCUUUAUUUCAGUUUGUCAGACUUUAUACAUGUACUGCUGCCCCCAUGAAAAAUGAUAAGACUUUUAAUCAUUUUUAAGCUUUUAAUUACAUGUACAGGGGGUAUUUAAAAUGCGGAAAGUUAAAUUGAGAAAAAAGAGAAACCCGGGCUCCGUAACACAAAGCAUAAUGAUUGAUCGUACGCUUGAUUUUUACGAUUGAUUGUACAUUGUAGUCAAUGCAAUCAAUUGUGAAAAUUUGUUCUAUGAUCAUUGCUAAGCUUUGUGUUAUGGGCUCCAGGUCAUAAUAAUCCCCAUACUUUAAACCUUCAAAAGAUAACACAAUUACACACACACCAGCAUACAGUAUAUUUUUUAAGGGUUUGAAUGCAUUCAGUUUUUUUUUUUUUUUUUUUUGGGGGGGGGGGGGGCAAUGGCAAAAAUGAGGAUUUCUCUGUUGAUGUCUUAUAUACAUGCGUAGGAUGUGAUAUCCAAGUAUUGUAAUAUCAUGUUUGUUAUAAUAUCUUACAUGUAGGCCUAUUCAUACAAGCAUCAUAUGAUUAAAAGGGUAUAAAGCUGUAUACUUUUGGAAAGCUAAAACAAAAAAAGUGACAUUGAUGUCUGAAUUUCAAUUGUAAUUUUGAGGGCUGUUAGAUUAUAUACAGGUGUAUUUAACCUUUGGUUGUAGAAAUAGAUAAUAUGAGUAAUAUAUAUGUUUGUACAAUUAUAUUUGUUUAUCAUAAUUUUCUGUAGAUUAUGAUACUUAAAAAAAAACAUUUCUAAAGUGAUAAAUAAAUUUUGAAAUGAUGAAGAUCAUUAUGUAUUACAUCACUAUAUAUGAUUCUGACCUGCUUUACCAAUUGGAUAUCCUACAUACAUGUAUAUUCUUUUGUAUUUCGAAGGUUUUAAAAGGGAUGAUCUUAUGUAUUUGAGUGGUUUUAAAGGGGAUUUUUGUUUUAUGAGCACCGUAGCAAAUCAACAUUUGUAAAUUCCUGGAAAAUAAUCAGGGUAAAGUAGUUUUGUUGUAUUAAUGUUAUCUGUAAUUUACUAGCCAAGAAAUCAAAACUCAUUUCUCAUUUAGUACAUGUACGUGUCAUCAUUUGACAUGCCAUUUGUUUUGGAAUUUGAUUUGGGAUUGUAAAUCAUUGAUUUGUUCCAUUUCAGUUGUAUCUUUUAUCACCAUUAUCAUAUGAGUUUAAUUUUAUUUAUUUUACCUGUCUUAUUUUGAAAAUUGUAAGAUGUUACUUAUUUUUAUUUUUUUACUUUUUGUAAAGCAGUAUUUAUUACUGCAUGUUGCCCAAUAUUUUUUUGUUAAUAUUUUUAAAUUUAUGCAUGCUUAAUUUGUUUUAUCACAUCUUUAAUUUUGGAAUAGGUAGUGUCAUUGUUUAAUAAAGGAAUAGAAGUAGAAAAUUUACAAUUGAUGACUGAUUCUUCAUUUACAUGUAUCAUUCAUUUAUUCAUUGAUUGAUUUAUUUAUUUUGAAUGGAUCAUACAUGCACAUGUACAAUGUAUAUAUAUCUCUCCUUGCGGUUUAAGCUCAAAUUUGCCACAGCCUAUUUAAAACAAAUAAUAAUUAUAUCCAAAGUUACUAUAAAAAAAUCUCAUAAUUUACUUUCUGACUUUCUAUAAAGAGAAUGAUAAUAGUACAUGUACAUGUAGCUGGAAUGAUUACAUAUAUGCUUCACUUCUUUAAACUAGGAAUUACAUUUCUGGUGGAUUAUCAUGUGCUUGUAUAUAUCUAAAAAUGUGGUUAUUUCCCUAGAAUGUUAUGAUUAUUUUGUAUUAAAAAAAAUUAUGUUUUGAUCAGAAUAAAAUCGUCUUUGAACUGAACUUGAA